GACGACGAGGAGGGUCUCCGUCAAGAGGUAACCAACAAAAUACGGGAACUGCGGAUAUGGGCCCGACUUUCCAGCGAUGAGUACGUCCAGUACCGGAACGCGUGGCUCGAGGGGGACGAGACCUCCCGACACCGGUUCAUACAGUAUUGGCACGAAAAUCGGCAACAGAGCCGACACUUUGACAAAACACACGUCGAUUUCCAGCGAAGACUCUACUCCUCUGCCAAACAGUUCGCUAUACUUCACAUCCAAAUGGACUUAUGUUUGUCAUCCCUGACCGACGUGUUGACGCAAAUGCGGCUAUACUUUGACCGUCAGAUCAAACAACUGUUGCCUCCGUUGGGCUAUUAUAUGGCAUCCGAGCUGUUGAUUGAGAUUUUGAUGACCAUUCAGGACCUACACUCCCGGGACCCGCCGAUCAUACACCGCGAUAUCAAACCCGAUAACCUACUGGUGCACUCCGAGCCCCAUAGGGGAAAGUUCGUUAAGUUGGCCGACUUUGGCCUAUCGGUGGAGCAUAAGUCAAAAUCCCAGUCUCACUCGCUAUACGUGGGCACCGAGAGGUAUAUGGCACCGGAGGUUAAGGUGGGCGGCACUAAAAAUGCACAGAAAUGCCGAUACACCCCGAGUGUUGAUGUCUAUAGUAUCGGUGUUUUGAUCCAGGACCUAUUUAAUGUGGACUUUAAUAAUUGGAAGAAUCAAGAAUUGGACGAUAAGUACAAGAAUAUUAUGGAACUCACGUUAUCAGCAUUGAGUGGUCAGAGUUGGCAGAGACCUACCUGUGCUCAGCUGUUGACUAUCAUAUUAAUCUAG